UUGGAUUUUAGUAGUAGAGGUACGUUGAGUAAAGCACGCAUGCAGUGUUUAUAGCUCCUGUACUUUUUUGCAUCGAAGAACGAGAACGAACGAAUAAGUUAAAGGAGUUUUAAAUCUUUCUAAUUAUUGUGUAAAAAACGAGUGGACAUCAACACCAUGAUAGACAAAAUGCGUGGUGUCGUCGGAGGUCGUUCGCGCGCUCUCUACUCGUCGCCGUGUGAGAUCACGCAUGUGGCUGGUAGACUAGUCGCCCUUCUGGUUGCUUGCACGCAGAUGACCAGUUUGACCGCAACUGCAAGCCGAUCAACCAUGCAGAGGAGUGCGAUUUCAACACAUUCUUGGCAAUCCAUAGAGGAUGCUUGGAGAAGAAGUGAGGCCGCAAGUACUGAGCCACCUAGGCCGCUUCCGGAACUACAACAAGACCACGAAGAACUAAAGCAGCUGCAUCAAGGGAAUUUGUCGACGUUGAUGUCCAUGCCAAUGCCAUCUUCUUCUGGGGGAGGAGAAAAAUUGUUUUCGGCCACAGGAGGAGUUUGGGUUCCACCGGAACUGCGCACGAAGACGGCUGGCGGUCCAGUGCUUUUUCCCCAUGGACGGAGGCAGCAGGAUGGGUCUUUUGCAGCCGAAAGAGAUCCGUAUUACGUGUUUCGUGUAGUCGGCGAACGGAAAACCGCUUACGGAGAUGAAGAAGUAGCAAUUUGCUCUGGCUGCGCUGGUGAAGAGAUUCAGAGUGACGGUGACGAUGGCAGCCCACUGGUUCCGUGUCCUGUGCCGGGCCGGGACAAGCCAAGCGCCACAGUAGUCACCGACGACCCUAUGGACUUUGCGCAGAUCGUGGAGCACGCUAGUGGCAAGGGCGACUGGAUGCCCAACUUAAUUGUGGUCGUCGACGAGGGCGGGAUCGAUUCCAUCGCCAACGCCAAUGAGGGCAGGCGCAAGGCUCAAAAGGUGAUUGCCGGCUUCUCCGUGAAGCAACCCGAGCGGGAGCUCGCGCAUCUUCGCCAGGAGGACUUGCGCCGGAUACGUGACAUGCUGCCGCACGUUUUCGGAGAUUACGUCCAAUUUCUGAGGGAUUCCGCAGAGAAGGACUUCCCAAAUCAAGAAGGAUUGGAACAGCAAGUCGCGGAUGCUUUUGCCACUGAUCCGGUUCACCGUGUGGCCUACGCCGGACUGCGGUAUCCGUCUUUCCUCCUUGUCUACGAAGAAGUGCAAUUCGAACUCGUGAACGACUUGGACCUCGAUGACGUGGCACAGCUGCGCGAACUCUUUGACCAGGAAAAUCAACAGCAUCCGUCGAUGCAGCUACCGAGCAACCGAUCCUGGUCGCUCCUGAGCACGUCGGUGGGCGGCUCCUGUGAUCUACUCGCGGGGCACGAAACCGACGCUGACGGAGACGAGGCAUUUUUAAGUGACGCGUGGGACGCGGGAAGAAACAUGUGCUUGGGGCCGACUUUGAGUGAGCAAUCGGGAUUUUUGGGGCGACCGGUCGGUGGCGAAACGGCACGUCGUUCGGCACAGGAAAUGGCCAUUUCCAUCUUGAAUCGACGUCGUGCGAAGGAAAACGCGAAACUUUCGUUUCCUCUGUGCCCGCUUCCUACUGAGGGCAUCGUCUUCUUUGGUUUCGACCCUGCUACGCGCUCUGCAUUGAUCGGCUACGAAAAAGAGACUAAUUUGCUUCAACACUGCAAAGGAGCAACUACAGGUGCAAACGGCGCUGGCCAGAAGCCAGCGAAAGAAGACCAGGCGCAGCAGCAGCGGUACGAGACGAGUUUGAUGCGGGAGAUUCGCAACGGAAAGGCUCACUUAGAAGCAAAAUCGGC